CCGCGGCGGCGGCGGGAGCGGCGGGCGCAGCCGGGACACGCACGACGGUGGCAGGGUGAUGCCAGCUUGAUCCAGAGCCAUGUCCAGGUACCUGAAGCACUUCACGGUGGUGGGCGAUGACCCCGUGCAAUGGAACAACGACUAUCGCAAAUGGGAGGAGGAGGACGAGCCUGAGCCUGGGGAGAAGCAGCCAGAUGGAGAGAUCAAGCUGGAGCCCCCCAGGAGACACAUCUCCUUCCAGUACAUGAUGAAAAAGCUCUUCAGCUCUCACAGGUUUCAGAUCGGGGUUGUCUGCUUGGUGAUCCUGGAUGCCUUGUUGGUUCUUGGGGAAUUGCUUAUGGAUUUGAAAAUCAUCCUACCGGACAGAUACAAUAUAACCCCAAAGGUUUUCCACUACCUCUCCCUGUCCAUUUUAACCAUCUUCCUGGUUGAGGUGGGGUUUAAAGUCUUUGUCUAUCGCCGGGAGUUCUUCCACCACAAGUUCGAGGUGCUGGAUGGGAUCGUUGUCAUCGUGUCCUUCAUCCUCGACAUCGUCCUCAUCUUCCGCGAGCACGAGUUUGAGGCCGUGGGGCUCCUGAUCCUCCUGCGCCUCUGGAGGGUGGCCAGGAUCAUCAACGGAAUAAUUUUAUCGGUGAAGACCCGCUCGGAGCAACAAGUGUCCAAGUUAAAGCAAGCAAACCUGAAACUUGCCACAAGGGUGGAACAACUGGAACACAGCUGUUUGGAGAAGGAGCAAGAAAUCGAGAGGCUGAAUAACAUAUUGAAACAGCACGGACUCUUCAGCCAGCCAAAAUAGGAGGCCAAUCUUCCAAGAAGCAUGCAAGAAACCAUCCAGAGUCUUCUAUCUGCUUCUCUCUCUCUAACCCUGACCUGGAGUAAGAAUGGAAACACUGAUUCUGUCCCCUCCCUGUCACCUCUGGUGCUCCAUCCUUAGAAGAGCAACAUUCUAACCUGUGUUUAAACAACUCAUUUUGUACCCAAUAUAUUGCCCUGAUCCAUAGCUGAGGUGCCUGCAUACCAGUUUGAUAAAAUCUAAUUUGUACAGCAAGAGUGAAACCCUCCUCUGUGAAUAUUCUGCAUUCCCAGCCCCAUUUUCUCCUCCAGUUGGCUCCUGCAUUUUUAGGGUGUGAAGCUGAGCUGAUGCUGCAGCACAGGCACAGAUCUGAGGGUGCAGGGGUGGAAGUGGUUGAA